CAUUUGAGGCGAAUAGCGACGAUCCAUGGACGUUUCAUGCGCUUCAAUCUACCGUCAACCUCAACACCUACUAUAAUCUGAUCGACGUAAGCCGACCCGGUUCGCUUCAUGCAUAGCGUCCCCAACGUCAGACUUUCGCAGGAAGGGCUUACGAAAGGCCAAAUAUCCUUCACCAACCAAAUCGACAACGUUGCGAAGAUCGCAUUUCCUUACUCCGAUCCUCGGAUCACAGCUUCCGAGGCGAUACGAUGGACCUUGCUUGUGUUUUCCAUCUUGUUGGCCUUCGUCCCCGGUCUAGGUCCUGCUGCCACGGUUGCGCGAGGGAUAGGGGCCAUCGCCGGUGGAGGAAGCGAGGCAGUGUCUACACUGACAGCCGAGUGCGUCCCAUUCCACAGAAUUGACAGGCGGUUGCUGACGAUCGAAGCCCACUCGCUCAACAAUUAUCCCAGGAGAUGUAUACGAUCCAACAGAUCAAUAACUAUUCUGCGACCGUCUUUUCGGACGCAAGAGAAGCCCUAGAACUUUGGGCAAACGACACCUUUGCUGGCCGACAGGACGCACGGAAUAACGAUAUUCUGUAUGGGGUUCCUGCUCCAUCCUAAGUCACUGUCGACUUCGGUCGCUUUAGACCUCACUAACUGGUUUCAGUGAUUACUUCCAAGAUGGAUCGUUUGUGAACGGAGGCAGUUUCCCGAGCAUUGCUCAAGUUGAGAGCUUUUCAUCCAACCAGCUGGCUGCAAGAUUAGUCAACUCAGGCUGGAGGUGAGUUGCCCCCAUG